UCCCGUGUUUUAGGGACUGCUGUGCUGCCUUCAGGGUCCUGCAGGCUGGAGCUCAGGAGCAGCUCUUGUGGGACUGCUGGAGGACCUCAGAGGCAUCGUCUGGGAACCUGGAGAACACCAGCGCCUCAAGGACCAAGUUCAACAACGAUAUAACCAUCAAGUUGGACUUGUUCCACUGCAUGCGGCGCUUCAGUCUCGGAGCAUCACUCUCUCUCCACCUUUCUGCCAGUUCCUCUCUGCAGCCUUCCUCGUUGUGGACCAGGGAGAUCUCCAGAGGCGAACACCUUCUGUGGGAUCUCUCCUCCAAAUCCCACUAAGCUGCACAUGAGAGCGCUGCAGGUGAAGGUGCCACAGCCCCGAGAGCUGCUGCAGAGGGUGGAAGACGCCUGUGGAGUCGGUGGCGUCCCCCCGCCCAGAAUCACGUGGGCCUUCAACGACAACGUCGUCCCGGUUCCCUCUGACCGCGUGCCGGGCCUCAGCGAGCUGCUGGUGGAGCGCGUGGACAAAGAGGACUCGGGCACCUACAGCUGCGAGGCAGAAAACGACGUCGGGACCAUCAAGUCACUGGGCGUCGUCUACGUCAGAGGUCAACACACAAAUAUAUAAAUAGCCUCCGAUCAUCGACGGGGACCAUCACUCCGACCGCGUUGAGCCUCUUGGUGGCAACGCCAUCCUGAGCUGUGAGGUCCGGGGAGACCCCCCCCCACCAUCCGCUGGAGCAAGAGCGGAAUCAACAUCCAGACCGGCGACCGCGUCCGUCAGCUGGACAACGGCUCGCUGGCCAUCUACGGCACGGCGAGUGAAGAUGCAGGCGACUGCAUGUGUGUGGCAGCGAAUGAGGCUGGAGUGGUGGAGAGGAGCGUCUCCCUGACCGUGCACAGUGCUCCGGCCAUCACGGCGGAGCCGACGGUGGUGGUGGACGCCGGCGGCACGGUCGUGCUCGACUGUCGGGCGGAGGGGGAGCCCACGGCCACGAUGGAGUGGUCCCGGAAGGGAGGGCGCCGCCUGCUGGGCGACGACCGCUUCUCCCCGCUGUCCAACGGCUCGCUGCGAGUCAGCAGCGCCCAGAAGGAGGACACGGCCCAGUAUGAAUGCCUGGCCAGAAACCUGCUGGGGUCAGCGAGGGCCAGGGUCACGCUGACCGUGAGAGUUCACGGGGGCCACUCGGAGUGGUCAGCCUGGGGCCUGCAGCGCGUCCUGUGGCGUCGGCUCCCAAAAGAAGCGUCGGCGGUGUACCAAUCCUCUCCCCGCCAACGGGGGGCGCCACUGCGCAGGAUCGGACACGGAGACGCGAGGCUGUCAGGGGAAGCUGUGUCCAGUGGAUGCUAACUGGUCCGAGUGGUCUCUGUGGGAGGAGUGUUCUCGUACCUGUGGUCAUGGCAACAGGACGAAGGUCCGGACCUGCAGCAACCCUCCGCGCAGCACGGGGGCAAGCCGUGCGAGGGCAAGGCCGCGGAGGUCACCGUGUGCGGCGUGCGGCCGUGUCCAGUCAACGGUCACUGGAGCCCGUGGAGCAGCUGGGGCGGCUGCAGCAGGACGUGCAACGGGGGUCAGACGAGGCGCUACCGGACGUGUGACGACCCCAGCCCCGCCAACGGGGGGAGAGCGUGUGCAGGAGCAGACACGCAGAUACAGAGGUGGACGGGAGCUGGGCCUCGUGGCAGCUCUGGGGAGGAUGCUCCGCCUCCUGCGGCGGCGUCCGUCUGUGUAACAGUCCGCCUCGUGGGAACGGAGGUCGGCCGUGUCCGGGAGACUCCUCCCAGCUCUCCAGGUGUAACGCUCACGCCUGCCCAGGCGGCCCCCAGAGCGCACGAGGAAGCAUCGUAGGAAACAUCAACGACAUUGAGUUCGGCAUAUCCAUCCUCAACGCCACCGUCACAGACGGCCAGUCUGGUGGCAGAACCGUCACGGCCACGAUCACCAACGUACCGAGGACACUC